AUGCGAGGUGGACCUCGUCAUUUCGGUACAGUAUUAUUCCAAUAUGGUCCUUUUAUACACUCAUCACACGGAAAGCGCUGGACAGAUCAUAUUCUCAAGUGGAAUCCUGAUAAUUAUUCACAAAUUCAAGAAGUACGUGUGCCAUAUAAGCAUAUAUGGACACCGGAUAUUGUGCUGUAUAACUACGCUGAUGAAAGAUUAAAAGAAAUGCGUGAUGCUAUGAUAAUCGUUCAACAUACUGGUGACCUUACAUGGAUUCCACCUGCCAUUUUCAAAUCUUCAUGUAAAAUUGAUAUAAAGUCAUUUCCGUUUGACGAACAAACCUGUCAUCUUAAAUUUGGUUCUUGGACAUAUGAUGGAAAUAAGUUAGAUGUUAAAUUUAUCAAUAAUGAAGCACAAGUCCUCCUCAGCGAUUAUACAGAAAGCAAUGAGUGGGAGAUAAUUGCCCGUCCAGCUCUAAGAAAUGUGAAGUCUUAUCCAUGUUGUCCAGAGUUUUAUCCUGAUUUAACAUUUUUCUUGUUGUAA